UGUGUGUGUGUGUGUGUGUGUGUGAGUGUGUGUGUGAGUGUGUGGUUUCUCUCUCCCUUGUAAGAGCGCAGCCGCACACCGGUCUCCUGCUGCUGCUGCUGCUCUGACCAGCUUUUGCUGCCUCUUGCCUCUCCUUUCUUAUUCUGCUUAGCGCCUUGCCUUCUGAUACCACUCCCAGUAUGGAGAGCAAUCAGCCUGGGCAGCUGUCGGGGGAGCCACCAUCAACGCCUGCGGGGGCCGGUUCAGCCCUGUCCAGUCACAAUGGCCUGGAGAAGCAAAGCAAUCAGGAUUGCUCAACCCCACACCCAGCACCACAGCAGGCGGCAGGUAUAGAGCCGGAACGGGGAGCCCAGGAUAUCUCUGAAGAGUUGAACCGACAACUGGAAGACAUCAUUAACACGUACGGGUCCGCUGCAGGGAAGGAGGCUACCAUCAUGGUCAAGGAGCAGCCUGAGAACACAGACCCACCUGACAAUGAGGAUGGAGACUGCGAGGAGGCCCCCGAAGAGCCCGAGAGAGAGCCCGAAGCCACUGGAGAGCCAUCCGCAGCCAAAGGGCCUGUCGGCAGCAAAGAGCAAAAGCUGGAGAAGAAAAUUCUAAAAGGAUUAGGCAAAGAAGCCAACCUGCUAAUGCAAAAUCUGAACAAGUUGCAAACUCCUGAGGAAAAGUUUGAUUUUUUAUUCAAGAAAUAUGCUGAAUUGCUGGAUGAACAUCGCACUGAGCAAAGGAAGUUAAAACUCCUACAAAAGAAACAGGCACAGAUCCAAAAAGAAAAGGACCAGCUACAAAGUGAACACAGCAGAGCUAUCCUGGCGAGAAGCAAACUGGAGAGUCUGUGCCGGGAGCUGCAGAGACACAACAAGACACUGAAGGAGGAAACCCUUCAGCGAGCACGUGAGGAAGAAGAGAAAAGGAAGGAGAUCACAAGUCACUUCCAGAGCACCCUGACAGAUAUCCAGGCCCAGAUUGAGCAGCAGAGUGAGCGAAACAUGAAGCUCUGUCAGGAGAACACAGAGCUUGCAGAGAAACUAAAAAGCAUCAUUGAUCAGUAUGAGCUCAGAGAGGAGCACCUCGACAAAAUAUUUAAACACAGAGAACUGCAGCAGAAGCUAGUGGAUGCAAAACUUGAGCAGGCACAAGAGAUGAUGAAGGAAGCAGAGGAGCGACACAAACGUGAAAAGGAAUAUCUGCUGAACCAGGCAGCAGAGUGGAAACUUCAGGCUAAAGUGCUAAAGGAACAAGAGACGGUCCUGCAGGCUCAGCUUACUCUCUACUCUGGAAGGUUUGAAGAGUUUCAGAGCACACUGACAAAAAGCAAUGAGGUGUUCGCCACUUUCAAACAAGAAAUGGAUAAAACCACGAAGAAAAUGAAGAAGCUGGAAAAGGAUACAGCCACAUGGAAAGCUCGGUUUGAGAACUGUAACAAAGCUCUGUUGGACAUGAUUGAAGAGAAAGCAUUGAGAGCUAAAGAAUAUGAGUGCUUCGUGAUGAAAAUUGGGAGGUUAGAGAACCUCUGUCGAGCUUUACAAGAAGAGAGAAACGAACUCUAUAAAAAAAUUAGAGAAGCAAAAAUGCCUGAAAAGGAUGACCAAGGUCAGCACACCUCUGAUGAGGAGCCAAACACCUCUGUGAAUGAAGAGGCUGACGCGGAGGAAGCCAACAGCGUUCACAAAGCUGUGCAAAAUCUCGCGGCGGCCUUCAUGAUAAUGCAUUGUCCGGAGUCAACCCUCGACGUGUCCAAAGAAAUCCACCCAGAAGUCAACAGUCCUCCAGGGGGCUGCGACACGGCCCUCAGGGGGCUGGAACAAGCUCCUCUGAGUCCCGCAUGCCAUUUAGCUAUCCCCCUGCCUCCCCCAAAUCCUGAGGACAAGUCUGAGGACAAGGGAGUCAGUGAGACAGAACCUACCCUCAGAGGAGAGACAGGAGCUGAGGCCCAAGGCGAUGGUCUCCCUGGUGCAGCACCGGCUGAUCAGCAGAACCGGAAUCCAGAGGCAGCAGCUUCCAGUCAGGACCCGAAGGCCCCAGCCAAGCCCUCCCUACCGGUGGUGAAGGCCAAUGAGCAGCCCGGGAAGCCAGAGGCAGCAGCUUCCAGUCAAGCCCAGGAGCCCGCAGCUGAGGCCUCGCUGCCGGCGAUGGAAGUGAAUGGGCAGCCCCGGAAGCCUGAGGCAGCAACUUCCGGUCAAGCCCUGGCGCCCCCAGCUGAGACCUUAUGUGUGAUGGAGGCCAAAUGUUCCGCCCCACCACCUGCAGCGGGAGCGCACCUGCCAGCUAGGGAGUCUGGAUGUGAGGCCAUGAGGCAGCCCCCACCAGCAGCAGAGGGGCUGCCAGGAGGGGCCUCAGGUGGACCCCCACAGCCCAAAGUGGCCGACACCAAUCUGGAAGGAGUAGACUAAGCCUCCUCAGCCUUUGGAGGCUGUUCUUCCUGACUUUCCAUCGUCGUGGUAACGGAUUAUCUCCUGAAGGAGGCAUUAAGAGCUAGGGAGGUCUAAUGGAAGAGGCUUAAUUAGAAUCAAUACAUUUUUAAAUGUUAUGUAAAGUAUCUUCAGCCUUUGCUAUUUGUUCUCAAUUUAUAAUUGAUUUGGAGCUUUUCUGUUUAACAUUGGUUGAUAGUAUAAUUUUCCCAAAUGACAACAAAACAUACAGCGUAGCAAAUCUGUAUUAAUUUGCCAUUAAGAUGGUACUUAAUUCCAUUUCUUAAUCAACAGUAAGAUUUGGUGUUUAAAGACUUCCACUACAUAAAUACUGAAAAUGUAAUGCUUUAUUUCCAUAGAGUUUAAUAAGUUCCACAGUAAGUUAAAUGGAUGAUCAGUUUCCAUUUAGACAUUAUAUACAUAUAAUAAUAUAUGCAUAUGUGUGUAUGCUUAUCAUGUAUAUGUGUGAAUAUAUACAUAUAUGUGUCUAUGCACAUAUAUACAUGCAUAUUUUAUAUACAUGUAUGCAAGCAUAUAUUGCAUACACAUUUCUCUUACCUCUUUUUGGCUUUCUCUCAUGCAAAAUAUUUAGAUGCUUAUAAAAAAAAAUUUAUCUCUUACUUGCACUUGGGACUACAGUAGAUUAAUGUUCUGUGAAUCAGAAAUAGGUUCAGAACACAAAUAUUAGGCCACAUAAUGUUGGGUAAAAAUAAGUAACCCAAUGGUAGGUCAAUAAAUUCAGCCAACGGAUUAAGUGACAGAACAGCAGUUGAGUUAGACUGCAAGGCUAUAGAGAGUGCAUGGACACAAAGAUAGCCAAAAGCAGCCCUAAAAGGGGGGAACAAUCACAGCAGUGGACUGCUCACCUCUUCCAGCUGCUUCUCCUACACAACUCAGCCCAUUGCUUUGCAACCCACUCAUGUGGCGAGGCAGCUUCCUACAAGGAAAGAGUUGGAAGUGGGAAAGGGAACUAGGGGAUGGAGGCAUUGAGGGCCCUCAGACGGAGAGGCUGUGCUCUGAUCCCCCAUCUCCGAACUAACAGUCUCAAGAGACCAUAUUCACCUGGCCCUGCCAACUCUUCAGUUGCCUCACUGUUGUCUACCGCUCUCUCCAGAGGGUUCCCCACUACCUCCUGCUGUCACAUUCGUGGUCUAAAUUCUCAAAGCUUCUGCUCCUUCUUUCCAAUCCUCUCCUUUGCAACAGAAAAUUACACUCAGCCCUCAUCUCAAUUAUGGCUUAGUAAAAGCUAUUAUUCUUCUGAAACAGAAAUCUACACAGGGUCUCAAGAUGAGUGAUGAGGUAUACAAGCUAACACAUUUUCUGCUUUAAUGAAUACUGUACAGCCAGAAGUACAAAGCAAAGAAAAAGUGGAUUCCUACUCAAAAUGGCUUGAAAAAUAGGUGAAGAUUCAGGAGAUGCAAAAGCUGAAAACACCUGGGGUUGUCUACAUGAGUAUUACAUUAUCAUUGCAUAAUAAGAACCUCUAAUAAUACUGACAGCAUGAAUUACUGUAUCUAUAGUAAAGAGAGACUGCAACAGAGAAACAGGAAAAGAAGAGAGGGAGGUAGGAAAAAGGAAGAGAGAAGGGAGGAAGAGGAAAAAACAUCUAACCCAAUCCUACCUUGAAAGUAGAAAAAUGGAUAGAAGCAAGAUUCUCUACUAAUCAUCCAAGACAUCAUUCUUCAGUGUUGCACAUGGCUGUCUGCUGAGGCCCAAAGAGUACUUGUAGGUGGCAGUCGUGUGCUAUAAGCAUUGUAAACUGCAUAACAUUUGUUUGACGUAGACAGUGAGAGUCGUAACAAAAUGCUAGUUGGGAAAAAAAUCAAGAAAAAACAUAUCGCUAUUUGAGAACCCAUGUAUUUUUAAAGGCUUAAGACAUUAUAACCACAGGGUAUCCAGCCAAAUUCAACAUUAGCUGAAAAUCUUAGAGAUUUAAAUGUUCAUUUAAUUCAGAGCCAAAUAUGCACUAGAACAAUCUAGGAGGGUCUCCUUCCCCCUUAAUUUCAACAAACGAAACUCCAAAAAAGGGGAAAAAUAAAAAAACAAAAGAAAAGCCCAAGCCGAAAGGUUAACAAAAAGAAAAAGCAAGAAAAGAACCAAAAACCAAGAAAACAAAAAAUCCAAAAACCAAAAGUCAAUUUUUUUUAAUCCAGAAGCUUUCAUGGCAACACAUUACUCACAGCAGUGUAUAUCUUGGGCAAAAUUUCAGAUAUAAUACCGUGCCUAAAAUUUGAAAGGUUUAAUAUAGGCUUUGAAAGAAUUAUUUUAAUAUUUAAAGAAUGUUUUAUUAUAGUCCUUUGACCUUACUAAUUAUAACAAUAACUCAUAAGACCCGAAAGAAUAAGGAAUUUCUCUUCUUUAUCAAGGUCAUGUAACUGUUUCUAGAGGUAAUAAGUCUGCUUUCCAGAAACACUGGAGUUAUUGGUAUUUUCUAAAUUAAAUAACUAUAAUUUAUGUAUUUAUUAAAAAAGGUACCUCUCUUCCCACA